AUCCGCUGCGUCCGCCCCGCCCGGCCGCGCGCCGUUACCAGGGAGACGACGGCGGCCGCGGCCAUGGAGCUGAGGGUGGUGAAGCCGCCCGGGCAGGACCUGAUGGUGGAGCGCCUCAAAAGCCGCUACGGCGUGGGGGGCGGCUGCCCCUCCGAGCCCGGGCGCCGGCGGCCGGACGUGGCGGAGCGGCGGCGGCGGCCUCCCCGCACCCCAGAGGACUUCGGUUUCUACUCACGUGGAGAUGAAGCUGGUCCGUCGCUGAGAUGUCACUCUGAUGAGAGGAGGCGCGGCCCCGCAUCCCCCCGUGGUGCCCUCAAGCGCGGGACCGUCAGUUGGCAAGAUGAUGAACUGGAUUCUUUUCAAGAUUUAAAACAACGGGAAACAGAAGAAGAGUUCAUUGGGAAUGAUCAUAGAGUUAGUACCUCCGAAAUAAACAAGCAGUCUUUUAAAGAGAUAAACAAAGCAGUUGCCGGGCCAACUAAUUCGGCCUCAGAUUCAAGGAACUGGACUGACUGUUGCAGUGACGCCAGUGACUCUCCUUCGAAACGUGUCAGCUCCCCAGCGUCCAGAGCCUCAAACAGGCAGGGUGUGCUUCCGCGUCAGGUCAGCCAGAUCUACGAUGAGUUACUCCAGAUAUACCGGAAACUGCAGUGUGAAACUGCAGCACAACAGGAAUUUGCUGAAGAGCUUCAAAAGCGAGAACGUUUUCUGGCUGAGAGAGAAGAGCUGCUUUUCAGACAUGAAAGUGCCUUGAAUAAAAUUAAAGGUGUCAGAGAAGAGGUUCUUACAAGGUUCCAGAUCUUGAAGGAGCAACAUGAUGCAGAAGUGGAGCACUUAACUGAAGUUCUUAAGGAAAGAAAUAAAGAAAGCAGGAGGCUAAGGUCCUCUUUUGAUGCAUUGAAAGAAUUGAAUGAUAGCUUAAAAAAACAGUUAAAUGAAGUAAGUGAAGAAAACAGGAAGUUGGAGGUUCAGGCUAAAAGAGUUCAAGCUCGUUUAGAUAAUUUACAGAGGAAGUAUGAGUUUAUGACAAUACAGAGAUUGAAAGGAAAUCCCCAUGCCGCUCACGAAGCAAAAAGUUUAAAACAGGAAAAAGUACCAGUUUCAAAACCUUAUAAGGUACCACUUAAUGGACAAGUUUAUGAACUUCUAACUGUCUUCAUGGACUGGAUUUCGGAUCAUCACCUUAGCAAAUUGAAACAUGAAGAAUCUGGAAUGGAUGGUGAAAAGGCACUACCCACAUUUGCUUCUCAGAGAAAUGAUAUUCAGCAGAAGUGUGUGAAGCUUUUGCCUGUGAUGACAGAGCAGCUACAGUGGAUGCCUUUUGUGAAUGCCAAGCUUCACGAGCCUUUUGUAAAGUUUAUAUAUUGGUCUCUAAGGCAGCUCGAUGCUGGAACACAGCAUUCGACUAUGACGUCAACAUUGAGGAGAUUGGGUGAAGACAUAUUCAAAGGAGUAGUGACUAAGGGCCUUCAGGAUAAUUCUUUCGAGCAUUCUGUGGAGAGUAAACCAAAGACAGCUGCUUUCUUUAAGAGCUCCAGUUUACCACUGAGAUUUUUAUCAACUUUAAUUGUUCUCAAAACAGUCACACAAGCCGACCUCCUGGCGCAGGCGUUUGACUCCCUGUGUCUGGACUUGAAGGCGGAUGAAGGGAAGAACCUGUUCUUGGAGUGCCAGGCUGUCCCGGUGGUGCUGAGCCACCUGAAGGUCUCCAGCAAAGGGCUCCUGUCCAGCGCCAUCGACAGCCUGCUGCAGAUGACAGUGGAGUCCAGGUUCCUGCAGCCCUUCCUGGAGGUGUGCAGCUGCUCCCUCUUCUUCCGGACCUGCUCGGUGCUGCUCCGGGGCCCGAAGCUUGAUCUCCACAUCCUAGAGAAGCUCAGCAUCAUCCUACAGAAACUGUCCAAAAUCAAGAGUAAUAAGAAGCUCUUUGAACUCUUUACAGUUCAUCUGAUGCUUCAAGAAAUACAAAGGACGACACAUCCAGAGCACGCAUUUCUCUGUAUUAACCUGAAUUCAACUCUGUUCAAUUUGGGUUUAACAAAGUGCAGCUCCCUGGCCGCCAGCGCAAACCCCUAGGCUGGCUCAUUAUUUGCAGGUAUUACCACCCAUGUGUUGCUACUCGUAAGAUUGUAAAAAUCACCAAAGCAACUACCAAGGAAAGUUACGAGUAGCAUCGUUUAUCAUGAAAAAUGGAAAAUUGUUUUAACCUUUAAAAUGAAACCUGUAGAAGCUGUGGAAUGUGGAGUUUUUCCAUUCAGCUAAGGUGGUACUAAUGUACACGAUGGAAUUUUCAGGGUUAAUGACCCUGGGGUUACGUUUUGUAGAAAUGUUGUAGGAAAAUUCUUUGGAAUAAAUUGGCAUGCAUGUGGGAACAAGGUUAGAGCAUGUCAUCGUUCUGUUUUCUUAAUAUGUUAAAAGUCCCCCUUCUAGAAGCAUAUGUGCACACACUUUAGCCGCCAUAGUUCCCGCACCCAGAGAGCUCUCUUGCCAUCAGAGGUGAGUGACGUAGCCAGAGGUCUGGGUAGAGCUCGGGGCGUAGGACAGAAAACUGAUACACAGAAGAAAUCAUCCUGCAGACUCACAGAGAUUAUCCUCUAUCAGCAUUUAAUCUCAUUUUCAGAAUCUGGAAGAAAGUCUCAGGAAAUUUGGGCCUCUUCAAAAGAAGGUAAGAAACUGUGCUGUUUGUGAAGUAGAAACAGAAAUCCGUAAAGAAAGAGCUGGCUAAUGUGAUGGGUGAGGCUUACAGGCACUUAAAAAUGCAGAAGCGACAGUGAACGUGAGAAACAAACCCAUCAUCAGUGCUUCAGGAGGUGGAGCCAGUGCUGGGCAGCAGGGGAGGUGCCGGGAGAGGGCGGCGGGCGCACAGCGUCGGGGCUGGCGCUUCUUUCCGAAGGGGCCACAGGGCACAGGCCGAGCAGGAGCUGAGCUGAGAGCCGGAGUCGAAUGGGGACUGAAGGCCUGUGAGCACACGCCAGGGAUGAUGGGCCGCCACCUGCAGGAGAAGAAAAGCAAGCCAGCUCCUGCGAUGCCAGAGGUCGAUCGGGAGGACUUAACACCUAGUGAGCAUGCCUGUCGUCGGUGUUUUCAGGUUUGCAGGUGUUCAGAAGUUAUCCGCUUACGUACUAUUCCUGAGGAAAGAAACUGCACAGAUUAUUCUAACCAACUUAAAAUUGAGUUUAUUAACUCAACCUCGUACCAAAAGACUGUAGUGGGCUCUGAAACCACUGAAACGUAAAUAGGUUUAAAGAUUUGUUGUAAUUUGUGUAUAAAAUGGAAUGAAAUGUUAAAUUCCUCAAAAGGGUAAAUAAUGGGGAAAGCAGUAGUUGAGAGUAUUUGGAUGAGACUCUAUUAAUCGAUGUCAAAAUCAGAAUUAACGUGGGCCCUGGGAUCUAGGUGGAGAGGGGGAGCUAGUUAGGAGCAGUUUUCUACACUUUCACCAUUCCAUUUCACUACUGACUUUGACAGAAAAAUGAAGGAUAAAGAAUGCUUUUGGAAAAUGUCAGAGUAACCACUAUUAAAAGCAGAAGAGAUUGCUUUUAACUGAAAACUAAAAUACGUAUACAGACAUGGCAAAACAUAGAAAGCCAGGAACAUGUGAAGAAUAAAAAUACAUAUUUAGGAUAAGUAAGGGAGGUUUUUAAAAUUAUGAAUAAAUUCUGUAUUGCCCUGUGUUGAUAAAUUUGCAAAUCUGGAUGGAAUGGACUGUUUUCUAGAAAAAGACAAACUAUCAGAAUUGCCUCAACAAGUCUGCAAUAGAAAAUCAUUAAAGUCUUAUAAAAGCGUGAAAAUUAA